AUGCUCUUCUUUCCAUGUCACAGACGUUACCCCAUCGUUGAAAUACACGCCGAGAGCUUCCACGGGUCGACACACGUGCCUGUACCAUCUGACAGCACUUUCCUUAAAGCCUUGCUUUUUGAACUAAGACUCAUAGAUGAGCACAUUUUUGUGGAGCACUGAGAUACUCGUACUCAGAUCAGUCAUUCCUUCGUAUAUUCAGUCUGCACCAAAAGAAGGGAUCUCUGGCCCAUGAUUGCUUUUCAGAAGAGCUGUCUGACAUAGGAGUGUCUACCACUAGUUGAGAAGACCUUGGAUCCACAGCCACCCCUCUGCACCGUUACUGGGCUCUCCCAAGGACUGACUCUUUUGUUAGGCAUCAUGGAUUACAUCUGUCCAAGUAGGAAAAAUGAAGCUGAUGUGAAAAUAGGCCAGCUUUGAACUUUGCUUAUAUAGGCCUGUCUGCUUGGCAGCCCCUUAAACACAAACACACGCAGCUUGAACAGCUCAUUUGAUGACAUACAGGAAAUGCCUACGGAUGAGAAUCAACCAGCUUGGAGAUCCAACACAUAUAAAAGCAAACCUCAAGUUAAUGUCUGUAUCACUGAAAGAGUCAAGUGCAUGCAGUGGGACAAAAGACAUGUUGCAGACACGUGGCAAGUUUAUGGAGCUGUAAAUUUCAAGGGUGACAUCGAGGGAUCUGCGCCAAAUGUCACCCUCAGUUUGGAUCUCCCGACUAAUGGUCCUCCACUCCAAGAUAUCGUGGUCCAUCAUUGUAUGACUUCUGUUGACCCUACCAUGCUGAUGUCCAGUAGUGCCAGGCCACUGGAUGAUGAUUCUGUCUAUAAUGGAUCUUAAAAAUUUCCUUUCAUUCCUCCUUCAGAUUCAUUCAACUCAUGUUACUACACUUCCCAGAAUGGAUAAAGUUUUCUUGUUCCACCAAUUUUGGGAUGUUAUCAACUUAUUGAAAAGGGAUCACACUUAAAAGCAGUUAAUAUAAAGCUUCAUGAAGGCAUAAAGAAUUAUUUUUAGUGCUGUGAAGCUUGUAUACCUUUUUUCAACAGGGGCCCAGUCGCUCAAUUAGGGUACAAAGUUAGUUAUGACCAAUGGGAUUUGUCAUGAGAGAAGAGCCUACUCGUUUGGGUCAUCGGACUGAAGUUCCCUACAUCUUUGGAAGUUUCUUUGACCAGAAUCAUGUCUUCUGGCCCUGCAGGCAAAUAGCACCCAACUGAUUAUGUUUUCACUGGGAAUACUGCUUAUGUAAAGUAACUGUGUUUUAGGAUCUCAGAUUUCACCCUAACUGGAUGUUAUGUAGACCAGCAUCCUGUUCAAACCUUCACGCUAGGAAAACCCGAAAUUACUGCAUCCUGGGAACUAAUUUCUUCUGAUUACUCCAUCUGGAAUUCCAAAGCACCAGGACCUAUGGUGUACAAAAUUGAACUUGACCAGUUUGCUUUUGAAUUAUUUUU